GCGAUUUUUCAAAAUUUCAUGUGAGACGCGAUGGACAAAGGAAUAAACAAUGUGAAAAUAAAUGUAAACUAAAGACUCUUCUACAGGAAAGGAAAAAAUUACUUGCCCCAAAUGAGCAUAAAAAUGUGACCACUUACAAUGUAGAAUUAAAAAAACGAUUAUCUUUAAAAAUGUGUUUCUCACCCGCUCGCACGAAAGUGAAAAAUAUAUCGAAUAAGUCUGACGCCAAAAAUUGUGAAAGUUACGAAUGCAAUGAGCUGGGUGCACAAACUACAAAUAAUUUUUAUCAUAGCUCCUACGAGAAUGACAGAGGUAUAUGUUUUUCCGAUUCAGAUUUAAAAUUUUUGAUGAUUCCAUUACAUCCAAAACGAGCGAUAGGGGACGAACUAUUGUUGUGCAAAUGGGAUUCAGGAAAUAUUAUUAAUCAUUCUAAAAAACGAGAUAACACUAGUUCGAAACUAAUAGAACUUACAUUUGAAAAUGCGGAGUCGUUCACUGACACUACGCAAAGAUACGGACGUCAUAAACCAAAUUGUAUACCUUAUCCUCUGUUGUCAAAAGAUUUAGCUACCGAUUCAAAGUGUUUCUCAGAUUCUGCAGUCAAGAAAACUACGCAGAAUGUAUUCCUCAGCAAAUUAAAAAGGCCAACUAAUUCUUUCACUUGUACGUUACCAAGUAUAUCUAACGUAAAUAAAAAACAAAAUGACCAAAUCGUGACAGAUUCAAAAGUCAGAGAUUCUUGCAAACAAACCAUAGAUAAUAUUAGUGGGAUGAUAACAGAUGACUUAGUUGAAGUAAACUCAGAGUCAAAUUUGCUUAAGAACGACUUAGAUCCCAGGAAAGUCCACCAAAAAAUAAUUUCAGAGGUAGUAAGAAAUCAAAUUAAAGAGAUAAAAAAUUGCGGAGAAAAGUCGGACGAAAAUCUCAUUAAACGCUCAUUACACAAUUUCAUCGCGGAACUAAAUUUCAUACCCACAACUGGUAUUGGUAAUAACGAAAGUACUUUGGCUCCACCGAAUUAUAAGUCAGAGACAAAUGACAUUUAUGAUGAAUUAGGAAUAUUAUUCUCGCACUACCUGAAACUCCAAAGUCAACCAUGUGAGAGGAAAUAUUGUCCAUUAAAGCGUCAUUUAAAGCAACAAGUUCGUCACAGUACACAAAAAUGUCAAAGGAGAUUCAGUUAUUACCAAAUAUAUCCAUAUGAUCAGAGACCAACAUGUAACAGUGGAAAUGUCUGUGAAGACACAUAUGAUGAAUUAAAAUUGAUGUGCACUCCUUCAGCAGAAAGAAGGCGUGUUUAUUAUUACAUGUUUCAAAGAAGAAAGCAUUUCUUAAAUCAACCCUACCGCAUGUAUAAUCAAAAUUCUACAACAACUGAACACAAAAUUAAACAAUGAGUGUUUGAUAAUUCGAAUCAACCUCUUUUAAACACAUGCUAUGCUACUUUCUAAAUAACGAUAAGGUAUAAGAAAUAAAGCACGUAUGUGUUUAAAAAAUUA